AUGCAACCAAUCUUGCGUCUGGCCAUCAGAGCACCCCGAGCUCCUAGACGUGUUCCCAUCCUAUCUUAUACCGCUCAACCACGACGAUUUGCACACCAAGACUAUGGCAGUAAACAAUCAGGCAUGGAGCAGGGCACGGACGAGAAGAACCCAAAGGUAGACCUCGAGCAUCCUGGUCCAGAAGCUCCUGCCAAAAAGGGCUCGUCGUCGUCGUCGCCGUCCUCAUCAUCAUCAUCCUCCUCCUCCUCCUCCUCCUCCUCCUCCUCCCCCUCCCCCUCGUCUUCGGAGACACAACAAUCAUCGAGCAGCUCUUCAGACGAAACCCACGGCGCGAGACCAGCAAUCCAUCGACCUAAGUCCGCCGCUGAAGAAGAUGACCCGGAGGUGAAGAAGCACAAUGAAGAUAUGGAGAACAGACAUGAGCGGUCGGUCAAUCAGUUGGGUGAGAAGGACAACAAGGUGAACAAGAACUUCUGGAAGGGCGAUGUCGGUCAGAAAGACACUGGCAAGUCCGACCAGAACAGUGCUGGCGGGCAAUGA